ACCAUCGCUACCGCCACACGCCAGGGACUCGCCGAACACUCCCGCAACUAUGGCCGAUACCAACAAAGAGAUGCCGCUCAAGGAGGUGCAGCUGGAGGCGCUGGUGGCCAUGCGCAUCAUCAAACACGCGACGUCGACAUUUCCCACACCGAGCACAGGAUUUCUGCUGGGACUGGACAUCAAUUCGCAGGUGCACAUCACCAACUCGUUCCCCUUCCCUGCCGCCGCCGCCGCCGAAGCCUCAGUCAACAGCGACCCCUAUCACCAGCAGGACGCUGCCUCGCUGGCCGCCGCUGCCCCGCGCGCCAAGAGCAAUGUUGCGUACCAGAAUGAGAUGAUCAAGUUCUUGCGCGAGGUCAAUACCGACGCGCAGAACGUGGGCUGGUACAUCAGCUGCAACAUGGGUGGCUUCAUCAAUGCGAACUUCAUCGAGAACCAAUACUUCUACCAGCGCGCGCAGGACGAGCGCACUGUGGCCCUCGUCUUCGAUGUGUCGAGGAGCAGCCAGGGUAGCCUGAGCCUGAAAGCUUACCGCCUGUCGCCCAGCUUCAUGGCCGCCUACAAGGAGGGCAAGUUCACCACAGAGAGUAUCCAAAAGUCCAACUUGCGGUACCAGGAUAUCUUGGUUGAUCUGCCAGUGAAAAUCCAUAACUCGCACCUUCUGACAUCGUUCCUGCAUCAGCUACCGCAGGAGCCGCCCCAGAAAACUGCCCUGGACUUCCCUUCAUCUCUGGCAGAGCUUUCUCGAGAUCCGGAAAUUUCGACCACACCUUUUGUCCCCAAUCUGGACAGCCUGGACUUAUCAGUGGACCCUUUUCUCGAGAAAACGUGUGACUUGAUCUUGGAGAGCAUCGAGAACCACCAGACGGAAAACAACAACGCGCAAUAUUACCAGAGAUCGCUUGCACGCGAGCAGGCUAAGAUCCAGCAGUGGCAGCAGAAGCGCAAGCAGGAGAACGCGCUUCGGGUGCAACAGAAGCAGGCACCUCUUCCUGAAGAUGAGUGGCAGAAGCUUUUCAAGUUGCCUCAAGAACCGUCACGACUCGAGUCGUUACUAGUUGGCCGUCAAGUCGAGCAAUAUGCUCGGCAAGUGGAUGGAUUUUCCGCGGUCGUCAGCGGCAAGAUGUUUGCUGUAAAGGCGAAUCUGUUGCCUGGGGAGGCUUGAUGUCAGGCAAGGGUUCUGAACUGAAAGUUGGACCGGACCUCCAGAGCGAGGCGCUGAAGCUAGAUAUGACAAAUGUUCGACAGGGUGGAGAGAGAGAGAGAGAGAGAGAAGGAAAAAAAAGAGGAAGAACGGGAACCAAAAGAGGCCCUCUCGCUCACGUCGAAUACUCUGAUGAAAGGAACCACGGGAGCCCGAGGAGCAAGGCUAGGAGUAACAUAUUCACGGGACGUGAAGUAGACUUCUCAGUAAGCUCUACGUCAAUAGAUGAUGUACGCUCGCUCGAUGCCCACCCAGCACGUGCAGAUCAACGAGGCGCUGUUCUCGAGGAUUAUUUUGUUUGGCGCUCCCCCGUAUAUUGUGCCCAUUCUCCUGGCUGGCUGGCUGGCUGGCUGGUAGUGCCUGCCUGCCUCGAAGCAGAGGCAUGCUAGAAAAUACAGGUACUUGGUAACCAAGGUACCUUAUGCAGUAGUAUAGCUGAGCUUAAUUGAGCUACCAGGUACAUACCUACAUCUACUUUACCUACAGU